AUGAAAGCACAACAGGAAGCCUCUCUGCAUCCACAGGUUGGCGCGCGGUUCUCUCCUCCUGUCUGAGCAUCUUAGCCCAGACCUUAAGACCGCAACCGGUGGAGAUGAAGUAACGACUCGUUAGAGGACGCGUUUUGGAUUAACGGUUCACGCUUGGACUGCUUGUUUUGCACGUGAGCUAAUAAUGCCAAAGCCUUUGGAGAACUCGAUCAUAACCUGCCUGAACAACAAUUUGCUUGUAUUGCGCAGGACUUUUCUGUCGUGAAAAAUAUCGUGACAACGUUGCUUUUGACCGAGGACUGUGCGUUUUUUUGGAUUCGACGCUAACCAUGCCACAGGUCCCUCGCUGCAGCUGCACAACGGCGACAAUAGCAGCAACAUAAUGGCAUGUAGGAGCGGCUGCUGCGGCUCCGGUCCCAUAAACGAGGAUAACGCGAGGUUUCUGCUGCUGGCGUUGUUCAUCGUCGUUUAUCUCCUCUGUGGAGCCGCGGUCUUCUCCGCACUGGAGCAGCCGAUGGAGCGCGAGGCCAAGGAGCGCUGGGCGCAGAGGUUCGAGCAGUUCAGCCACAAGUAUAACCUGAGUAAGAAAGACCUGAAUAACUUCCUCAGGAAUUACGAGGAGGCGAACGUGGCGGGCAUCCGCGUGGACACAAUCCGACCUCGAUGGGACUUCACCGGCGCUUUUUACUUCGUGGGAACUGUGGUAUCAACCAUUGGGUUUGGGAUGACCACUCCUGCCACCAUUGGAGGAAAAGUCUUCCUGAUGUUCUACGGCCUGCUCGGCUGUGCAGCCACCAUCCUCUUCUUCAACCUCUUUCUGGAGCGUGUCAUCACCGUCAUCGCCGUCGUCCUCAAGUCCUGUUACCAGCGACGCCAUAACAAAGCUGUGCUCGCACCGAAUGGCCGGCAGGUCUCUGAGGGAAACAGAGCAGGCGAAGUUGGAGGAAGUGGAGGGAGAAAAGGGGAAGAUCUGACAGGCUGGAAGCCUUCGGUCUACUGUGUCAUGCUCAUUCUAGGAGCGGCGGCCAUCUUGGUGUCCUGCUGUGCCUCGCUCAUGUACUCGGCGGCCGAAGGCUGGGGCUACCUGGACUCGCUCUACUUCUGCUUCGUGGCCUUCAGCACCAUUGGUUUUGGAGACAUGGUGAGCAGCCAGCGGGUCGUCUACGAAGGCCACGCCACGGUCGCGUAUCGCCUGGGCAACUUCUUCUUCAUCCUCACCGGCGUCUGCUGCAUCUACUCCCUCUUCAACAUCAUCUCCAUCGUCAUCAAGCAGGUCCUCAACUGGCUGCUGAGGAGGCUGGAGGCCCCCUGCCGCUGCUGUUUCCCCAGGAGGGGACAUCACCCGCAUCGGCACCCCCGGCGGAACGUGGUGGCCCCGGGCCACCUGCGCUCCCGCAGGGACCCCUCCAUUGAGACGGACGCCAUCAACGAGAGCGAGACUGACAAUGGGCGCAGGAUGUCUGGGGAGAUGAUCUCCAUGAGGGACUUCCUGGCAGCCAACAAGGUGAAUCUGGCUAUAAUGCAGAAGCAGCUUUCAGAGAUGGCCAUCGGGCACCCGCGCCAGUCCAGCUCCAAUUCACGUCAGAACGGAUUCUCAGGAGGGGUUGGCGCCCUUGGCAUCAUGAACAAUCGGUUGGCAGAGACAAGCGUGGACAGAUAGGGGAAACAGCGUGAAUCCUUUUGUCAAG